AUGCGUCUUGCAGCACAACUGAAAGAAAAUAUAACUAAAAAUAAGUCUGUUCUAGCGGAAGUACCAAAAACAGCCAAAGGUAUACAAAAUGAUCAAUCUGUGAUUUCACCUCGUGUUAUAAAAAAGUCCACCGUUUUAAUGCGCAAUAAGUAUUUUAAAUGUGCUGCAGAUAAUAAGAAAGAUGGUUUGCCAGCCAGCCCUAAAACUGACCUGGAUAAAACAUUGGUAUCUCAAGAGAAGCCGAGUAAAAUCCCAAGAAGGAUAUUUGCAGCACCAAUAAAUGUCGAUUUGAAUAAAGACCGGAGAACUUACAAAAGCAUUAUAUCUCCCAGAACGUUCUACAAAUCUAGUAAAAAAACUUUAGACGAUAGUGCUAUAAAGAAAAUACCACGAAAAAACAGCAAAUUAAACACAACAUUGUAG